CCAUUUCCCAGCUUCAUGCUCUCGUACUUUUCCUCCCACCUUUUCAUUUCUCACAAAGCAAAAGCAGUUCACUACCCACAGUAAACUCUUGUUUCACUAUCCCUAAAGUAAAUUCUCAUUUUACCUUUAGUAAAAAUGGCGAGUUUACCUUCAUCAUUACGAGAUAAUCAACAUUUAAUGAUUAUACCGCUUUCCACUGUUGUGGUGGCAAGAGGAUCGGAUGCCAGUGGGUCUCAAAAUAUAGCACCUAACCCAGUGGGUUUUAAUGUCUGCCCUUGGGAGGUGAUGUAUCCUCUUGGUUGAGUGCCUCCGGAGUACCCAGUAGGUGGCCUGGGACGUGGUUUUACGCAAAGUGAAAAGUGGUUACGAGAACUGUUGGUUUCGUAUGGUAUGCCUCAUCACUGGAGUUAUGCCAUACCCAACAGACUUGUUUCGGCUGUAAGUAACCCAUCAUCAUGGCGAUCGCUUUUUCGUUCUUCUCUGGAGUAUGGGUUUCGAUUGCCCCUGCCUACAUGGUUGUGUGUUGUAAUGCACCGUAGUAAGCUUUCAAUCGAUUCUGUUAGUCCUCGUUUUUGGACUUUCAUCGCUUGUUUUAUUCUGUCAUGUCGUCCAGUUGGGGUUCCACCAUCCCCCGAGUUGUUUUAUGCUUGUUUUUUCUUUCGUCAUGAUCGAGUGGCUUGGGAACUGCACAAACGGAAGUCAGCCAAUAACCUUUGCACUUCGCUGAGCCAUCUGAAGGGGUCGUGGGAGACGGAAUUUUUUAUUUUCUUGCCCCUCCUAGUGAGUUUACCUCCGGAGGUAUCACGGUCCCAGCUGACUGGAGUGAAGGUGUUACAGGUGGAUUUCAGGAUCCCGUGAUUGAGGGAGAAAUUGCUUUACAUCAUGAUCGGCUUCUCCGGGAGAGACCCAUUGAUAUAAGUACUCCUGGGGUUCGAGCAAGCUUGUUUCUUGCUGUUUAUGGUAAAGGUAUGUCAUUUUUACAGUACUUCCCUUUUUGUGACCGUAUUUUCUAACUGUAAUCCUUCCUUGCAGAUUACUCGCCCUUUCAGAGGUGUAUGAGGAAUAGAGAAGUGCCAGUAGUGCCUCACUCGUAUGUCGGGGUGCCAAUUCGUGAGAGACCAGAUAAUCCCCCGCGUGGACGGUCGAGAGUUCGUCAUGACAAGUCGAAGAGAACUCGUUCCUGGGUGAGAGGAUCAGGAGAUUCCCCUACUGGGAAGGGUCGCUCUGAGGGGAGAGCCAGAGAUGCCAAAGGAAAAACCCCAGUGGGCGGUAGGGGAACCCUGAAGCAUCAGGGGGAGUCUUCAAGAGCCAGCAAAGGUGGAAUUUUGGCUGGUGGUGUCAUAACGUAUGACAGUUUGUGCGAUGCGGGGAAACACUAUUCCGUUUUAGAAGAUGUAGCCACAGGAUCGACUUUUGCUUCUUCUGUUUCAAAGCUAGCGAGGUACGCUAUUGCCAUGGAGUGUCGCCUAGCUAUGGCAGAGCUUCGGGUUACUGAGGCCCGAGUGGAGGCAACUCGUUCUUUGGACGAAAUGAGAAUCCAGAUGAAGACAAGAGUGGAGCAAUUUUCUUCCAAAUCUUGUGAAUGGAAUGCAGACAUGGUGGAGGCUCAACAACAUGUUGAGGUAGCCACACAGGAGCUGCGUACCUCAGAAGCAGCUGAGGCUGGUCUUCACCAAAAAGUUGAGCAGCUUCACGUCAGUUUGCGUGAGGAGAGGCUAAUCAGGAGGUCUUUACGGUCGGAGAAUACUGGUUUACACUCAGAAAACACCACCCUCCGAUCAGAGAAUAAUACUCUACGUCAUCAGUUACAGAUGGCGGUUUCGGGAGUGAUGGAUAAUGUCCAUCGCCUGGCCAGAAGGGCAAUUUAUUGUAUGUAUCCUGCAAGAGAUAUUGAUGACACCCGCCUUCGUCAAGUGGUGGAAGAAUGUGCGACUACUUUGGAACCUGAGGAGGUGGCAUCCCAAAAUAUGAAUGUCGUAGAGGAAUGCGCUGGUGCUCCUCAGUCUGGGGAAGCAGCAAGCCAAAUUUCGAAUCUGGAGAUUGAGUUCCAUCGCAUCUCGCCACUUUUAGAUGCGGUUUCUGAAGCAUCUCCAAUGGUUGGCACCCCAGUGCAUUCAGACUUUAAUAUCUCGACGGCAAUAUUGUUGGCUGCAACCGAGUUACUCGGCCCAGAGUUUUUUGAGAACUAAAGUUUAUGAAAUUCCAACUUGAAAUAACAUUGUAAAAUAUUA